CUUGUUAUACUUUGUACUCUGUGAAUAUCGAUAGACAACACAAGCUGGUCAUAGUUCAGAUAAACAUAAAACUUAUAUGAAAAGUAUAUGUACUAGCUACUCAACAGUAAGCUAUGUUGCCAGCUAAGGAAAGGAAAAAGAAACACAGCCAUCCAUCAAAGGCCAACCUAAGUGAAAAUGAGCCAAGCAUUUCUCUACCAUUUGGGAAUCCCGCGUACACCCCCCCGCCUGUUCAACCACGUAAAGGGAAUCUCGCGUGCAUUCCACCUGUUCAACCACGUCGUAAAGAGUCCCUUCAAUCAAACAGGCCAGCUGUACCAGCUAAAAAGUGGGCGAAAGAUUCCCCUAAGCUAUCUAGCAGUGACGAGCAUAGCAUCUCAAGCCCCCUUCAUACUGGGAAGAGGCAUCACAAUUCCUCGAGUGAUGCAACUAACAGUGCAACUCUACCGUCACAAUACAGAAGAAGUGAGAACAAUUACUCCAAAGGAAAGUUGCACGAUCAAUUUAAUGGACAGACAGCAAACACACCCCCUCCGCUACCAGAAAGGCCCAAGGAUAUAUUAACCACGGCUCCCAAUGAGCGAUCGUUGAAGCUACAAGAAGCAGUGCAGAGACAUUCUAAUCAUUUCCCGUUUCAUUUUCGAGUAGCUCAAGGCUAUUGUAGUAGUACUUCUGACGUUACCAUGUCAACAGGUGAUGUGUAUGCUGUACACAGGACAGAAGAUAUCGUCUUUGCUAUAGCCACGGGCGACGAUGGACUAACACAUCAGAUACCACAUCGACCAUCGCAGAAGAUUGGCAUCAUUUACGACCCGGAAAACAAUGCAGAGAAAGGUCUCAAUGGUUACAUGUACGAGACUGUAGCCGAUCUCAUCGCUGGUUCGUCAACGCCGAAAGUGGUAUGUGCUACAAGAGAAGUGAGAAGCAACGACGGAAAAUAUCUUACAGAACCAAACGAAAUUUUGAUACUAAUUCAGAUACAUAAGGGGAGAUUCAAAUCGAAGAAAACUGUUGUUUUCUACAGCAUGCUGUCAAAAUCUGAGAAGACCCUUCCUCAAAGUUGUGCCGGUUAUUUCUCAACUAAGCCAUCUCUGAUUCAACUGGGUCUACAAGACAUAAUUUCCCACGUUCCGGAGCCCUUUCCAGUGAAAGCUGUCAUCUACUGCUCGGCAGAUAAUGAUGUUUCCUCACUAAAACACGGUGUUGUGAUGAUCUCAGGCUACAGUAAACAGAGCUCAUUGGUUGUAUCUACUUGUUCAGUUGACGGUAGCGAAUCCGUGUCAUCUGAAACUGAAACCGCAAGCCUCAAAGAUUGCUUUCAUCUAAUCAUGGACGAAGAUAUACGGGAAUUAGAAGUGCAGAUCUUUGAUGAAGAAGAAACAGACAUUGAUUCUUUUCCUGCGACAGUGGAUGAGCCGGGAUCACAUGAGUACAAUACUCUAUCGAGGGAGACAGGAUUCAGAGGACCACGAAGUUUGGACGAAGACGGUUACAUGGACGUCUUUCACCCGUCAGCAACUACUGACAGGCAGGAACCUUUUGAGGAGUAUUCAACAAUUAGUAUCUCGUCCUCGAGGUCGGCUGAUCCCACCCCCAGCAUACAACCAAACUAUGACGACGUCGUUGUGCCCACGGAAACUCAAGAGUAUAUAUAUCAGGACACUAGUAUUGUUGAUCAGAUGAAAGAGAGUACGAAGAAAACUUCAUCCUAUGAAAACCACAACAUACAUGUAGCACGACUACAGGAGCAGAUCUCAAAGCUAACACAAAGGCUCGACUUGGUCGAGAGUCAACUGCAAACUGUCCUCCGCCCAGCUGUACUGCCUACUAGUGAAACGGCCAUACCUAGAAGUACUAACUCAAGAAAUAAGGGAUCUCUCCAAUCCUUGGACGUGGAAGGAGUGUGUGUGCUACUGGAGAGCAGUGAUCUAGGAAAGUACAGGCCCAUGAUACAGAGAGAGCAUGUGACCGGUGACAUACUAGCUGUUCUUGACGACGGAGUGCUGGAGACAGAGCUGGGUAUAAAGUCCAAGCUGCACAGACUGAGAGUACUCAAGAUGAUCUCCGAAUAUAAAUAACUGUACAUUGAUCAGCUGACAACCGUUACAACAGAAUGGUAUUAUUAUUAUUAUUAUAUAUACCCCCAAUCAACUCGCUUCCAAUUAAUAAAUGAACACAAUCAACAAAA